CAUAAUACUAUUGGAUUCCUAUCGUCUUUUUCUCCCUUUUCCUUUCCCUCUCAAACUAUCUCUAUUCUAUCUAUCUAUUUCUCUUCUUCCCUUCCUAAUUUUGACUUCUUUCACCCUUUCGUUUCCUCAUCUUCCUCACUCCCUAUUGCAUCACUCUGUCAUUUCCAGAUUAAUACAGAAAGCCUAACAUUUCUAUUCAGCCUUUGAAAAGAGAAAAGAGGAAAAGAAGAUGCCCUGUUUCACUGUUUGGAAGACUAAAAAGAAAAGGCCCGAUCAGCCUGUUUACGUUAAACCUGUUAAUACUAAGGAGGAGCACUUGCCAGCCAUGCUCCCUGAGCCCCAACUUGAAACUAGAUCUUUGCAAUCUGCACCACCAAGUUUUAGAACCCGAGUAAAACCUAUUCAACCAGUUAAUAAUAAAGUAUCCAGCAAUAGAGCAAGGGCAUUAUCUGCUCCCUCGUAUCUUGAUGCCGCCGAACAGGAUGCUCUUGGAGCAAUAGAUUAUGAUGCACAUGAUGAACCAAAGCUUUAUACUGGAUUGAAUAAAGAACAUAAAUCCUCAGGUCCACAACCACUUCCCCUUCCUUCACCUCAGGCUACUGCUUCUUUGAAGAUUUCAGGAAGCUUUAAAUCCGUGGCUUCCAGUUCCAGUGGACCAUUAUAUUCGUCCGGACCCUUGCCACUGCCUCCUACGGGAUCACUCCGCAACUUCUCAUUUGAAGAAGUAUCGGCUGCAUGCCAUCAUUUUUCUUCUGAUCGGUGCAUUUCAGAAGGUCUCUCAUCCUUUAUUUACAAGGCUUCUUUUGGAGACGAUUCUUCUAGCUUAAGAAAGUUUGAGGCCACUGUUUCGCGUCUUUAUUCAUCAAAUCAGGGAUUAAGGGAAUUUGUCAAUGAAGUCAACACGCUGGCCUCUUUAGAACAUCCUAACCUCUGUAAACUACUGGGCUUCCAUGCACGCGAUGGCUCUGAACAGAGGAUGUUGGUGUAUGAAAGGCUAUUUCAUGGAAGCUUGGACAGGCUUCUAUAUUCGAGGUCUGAAGGACCCCUCAUUGACUGGAAUUCAAGAAUGAAAAUUGCAUUAUGUGCUGCCCAAGGUCUGGCUUUCUUACACGAAGAAGGACCUUUCCAGGCAAUGUACAAUGAAUUUUCGACUGCCAACAUACAGAUUGACAAAGACUUCAGUGCAAAACUUUCUGGAUAUGGUUGUGUUGGACAUAUUCCCGAUUCAGAGAUAUCCAACAAUUCAGUGGUUAGUCAACUGAAAUUGAUUGGUGCAAGUCUAUCUGUGGAAACCUUGGAGAGAGGGUUGCUUACUCCUAAGAGCAAUGUCUGGAGUUUUGGAAUUGUUCUUCUGGAACUACUUACCGGUAGGAGGAAUCUCGAUAACCGUCAUCCUAAGGAAGAGCGGAACUUAGUUAAAUGGAGCCGGCCUUUCCUCACUGAUGAUUGUCGACUAUCCCUGAUUAUGGAUCCCCAGCUAAAAGGACGCUUCCCAUCUAAAGCAUCAAGGAUAGUGGCUGACAUAGCACAAAGAUGUCUUCUGAAGGAACCAUCUGAAAGGCCCACGAUGAGAACAAUUGUUGAACGUCUUAGCAGCAUACAAGACGUAAAGUACUCCUGUCGUUUUCCUUUGCAAGAACCUGCAUCAUUUUCUGGAAAACAGAUUUCAAGGUCUCCGAGCCUUAAUGGCAUCAUCACCCCAGCGCCCAGGUUGAGUUUCUCACCUUCACCUCCUUCAGGUGCACGGCUGUCUGUUUCUCCAUCUUCAUCUAGGCGAACCAUGCCAUUAACUCUUCCACCACGUGCUUGUUCCUCGCACUCACUUGAGGAGCUUGACAGACAGGGAAGCCGAAAAUCAUCGUCAUCGGCCUUUCGGCGAACAGGGGUUGAAGGAUUUUGAUUGUGUAUAGAAACUUUUUUCUUAAAAUAUAUAUAUAUACUUAUUUUCCAACUUUUUUGGUCAUUCAAAUGAAUACAUAAAGGAUAAAUGCAACCCCUCGUGUUGUAGUAGAAGAAAAGGUUCUAGUUAUGUAGAUAUAAUUGAGUUAUGGUGGGAUUGGGAAAAUGCCAUAUUACAUAGAUCUGGUUCGCUUCAUACCA